AUGGACGCGUCUGGCCCGCCUGCAGACAGCCGGGACGCGGAGGGGGAGAAGGCGGCGCUGCACGCUGUGGUGCCGCCGAUGCUGUCAGCGGAGGAGGACGUGGAGCAGCCGCAGCGCAUGCAGCUCUUCAUGGCGCACCUCAUGGCGCACCUCUUCUGCUGCGGUACCCUCGCCCGCCCCCACUGCGACAUCCCCGCCGGACCCCCAGAGGCCAACGACCCGUCACCCCCUUCGCGAGGGUUUGUGCCCAUAGACCGCUCCAUGCCGCCCAUCAUCGCAGUUGUCCGCAACGACGGCGGGGACAGGCAGAGCGGGGGGAUCAAGGGUGGUGGAGAGCGGGGGAAGCGGGGACAGUCGGGAGUGGGAGAUGGGAAAGGGAAGAAUGCGUGGAGGACGCGUGAACAUCGUUCCGCGGCAAGAAGCGGUGGAGGACGCGUGAACAUCGUUCCGCGGCAAGAAGCGGUGGAGGAGAAGCGGGCGGGCACGGCUGCAAGGGGAGUGUGCGUGGGGGAGGUGGUGUGGGGCAGCAGCGCGGAGGAGGUAGGGCUGGCAGCCGCAUCACACAUGAGCGUGCGUGAGGGCGAGCACGUGGAACGAGGCUGUGCUGCAGGGGUGGGAGCGAGGGCAGCAGCAGGGCGAGGAGACAGUGCGGCAGCAGAGGAGCGGCGCACAGCAGGCCCGCUCUCACACGCGCACGCACAUCCCGCACCCACGUGUGCUGACCUGCCUGUGCUGGCCGCCGUGACGUCAGGGUCAGCCCCCACCCUAGGGGCAGCAGACCCCUGGUCAGACGCGCCCUUCAGUGUACCCUCCCUACCCUCCCGCUGCUCCCGCUGCCUCGCCUGCCCCUGUCACCUGCCGCCACCCCUGCCGCUCUACAUGAUGACGUGCACCUCUCUCUGUGGUGCCGGUGCCGGCCUUGUGCCCCCCUGCAUGCGUGGUGCGGCAGGAGGCACAGCGUUCAAUGCGGUGGCGGAGGAGCUGCACGAGUGGACCACCGCUGUGGCGCACGUGCUGCCAGUCUCCGAUGAUGGCGGCAGCACCGCAGAGAUCGUGCGAGUCAUAGGUGGGCCUGCCAUCGGUGACAUUCGCUCGCGCUGCCUGCGCCUGUCCGAUGGGUCCAGCCACGAGGCCAGAGCAGUGCGGCGACUGCUGGGACACCGCCUGCCACUGCACCCCGCGCAAGCCAAGGCAGAAUGGUGA